AUGAGGGGCAGGGUGCUGGUCCUGCUGGGGCUCCUGGUGCUGGUUCGGGAAGGAAGAGGAGAGGGGAACACGGUGAGGCUCUGCGGGAGAGACUUUGUCCGAGCUGUGGUCUUCACCUGCGGAGGCUCCCGCUGGAAAAGGCACCUGGCUGCUGAGCACCCCCUGCUAGCUUCGAACACGGAUGCGACAGAGAGUGCCAACCCCCUGCCUUUCCCACCCCAGAGCAAUGCUUAUCCUGACUCCUGGAGCUACAGACACCAAGGGCUGGAGGCUGAGAGCCAAGAAACCCACAGCUCCGAGGAGCCUGAGCCAGAGAGAGACCUGCGAGGCACCAGGAAAACCCCUCUGCUGGCAAAGCGAGAAGCAGCCAAGCUGCUGACCACCUCCUGCUGCAGCCUGGGCUGCACCGAGAGAGAGAUCAGCUCCCUCUGCUAA